AUGGGGUGUGGAUUCAGCGCUGCUGCUGAUCAUGCUGUGGCUGUGGCCUCGCGACGCGUGGAGAAGGAUCAGGUAGUCGAGAAGGCUGUUCACAGAGCCCUGCAGGCUGCUGUUGCUGAGCUGCAAGAUGUGGAAAUCAGCCUCCACGUGCAGACGCCCACCAGCAGGAUGGGCAACAGGGAAGAUGCGAGUCCGAAGCGCGGAACGCCUGUCACCGCCGUGAGCCCCGUGAGCCCUCUGAGCCCUUUGAGCGUGAUCUCCGGGGAUGCUCCGCACUUGGCCAGCCGCUUCGCAGCCGCGGGCUUGCGGAGAGGGCGUGCUGCAGAUUCCUGCGGAGCAGUGAGCAUUGCCGAGGCCAAGGGAGUGCUCGUAUCCGAGGAAGGCUGGGGUCGGGUUUUCUACUAUCCCUUCAGUUCUGCGGAGGUUGCCACAGAGGUGUUUCAAGCCUGGCCACACACGGCACGCAUCCUCUACGACUUCGAUCCGACAAUAGGGCUCCUGUUCUUUGGCCAGAGUUUCAUGAAGACGUGGUUAGGCGGUACUUGA